UUCAGAGGAUAAAAGAAAACCUUUUCUAAAGGACGUUAGAUUAUGAAUGUUAUGUGUUGAGCUGUGGGGACAAUACAUGAAGGGUUGUGAAUUAGUCUUUAUCUCAGAUAGCCCCUCGGUUUCUCUCACUUAGCACUUUUCUUCACAUGCUCACGGCAUUUCUUUGAAGUAUUUGGGUCAAAAAAACAAAAGCCUCUCGUCCCGAGAGAGCGCAGCGGGACGGGGGAGGGAUGAGGGAUGAGAGGAUAGCGGGGGAGACGAACAAAACUGCUCUGGGACACAUGGACUUUCCCCACGUGAAUCAAUAUUCAAGCCCUGAUCUCCCUGUUGAGCAAUGAGGCCAAAGAGAAGCGGCAGCUGAAAGACAGAUGAGACAGAGGGAGGGUUGUGGGAUGUCAUGUGUAAAGGACUCUCAUUGGAGGCAGAGAGAGAGCAGACUGCUAUGCACAUUGUAAGGGGGGAAAGGGGAAACAAAAAGCAUCCUUCUACACGCUGAAGCCAUCUCGGUCGCUCUGCUACAUUCUGGAGUCCACGUCUGAUUGUUAUUAAGUUCUGGUGGAAUAAAGCUCUAACAAGUCUGGAAUGAUGUCCUCCAAGUUGAAGUGGCUGAUUGUGAUUCAGCUCCUGCUGAAUGAACAGGCUUUGUGCAGGGGGCCACCUCCUCUGGCGCUCGGAUCUACUCCACUUCCAGGAGCAGACUUCAAUGAAGCGAGAGACGCAACGGCCAAACGCGAUCACCCGCCUCUCCUGGGACACAAACUCCAACGUGGUAUCUCGUCUGCAGAAAAAGAGGGGAGCAUUCAAUCUGCCAAAAAUAUAAUAUUAGUCCUCAGGGCCAAGCUUCCGGAGCAGUUACAAGAUCACCUCCACAUUAAGGGAAACGUAAGUUGUAGGGAGCUGCUGGCCGCCAGCACCUUGUACGACCCAUCGUCCCCCUUGUUCCCCCAGGAGCUCUUGGCUCUCUCUUUGGUGCCCUUAUUGGUGGUGGCAGGCUGCCAACAGGAGGCACAGACCCUGGUGCUCAAGCUGCACGACCUCCUUGGAGUGGCGGACACGGAGGAGCUCCUGAUGGAGGUGGAGGGUCUGAUAGAGCGGAGGGUGAGCAAGGCCGCAUCGACGCCUGCAGGGAGGAAUCGGGCAGGUCGCCACAUGGAGGCUGUGAUGUUCAACAUCCAGCAGCUGACCGUGCUGGGAGAAGGUUACUCGAAGCGCGAAGGGCGCUGUGAGGGUUGGACCAGGGUGAGGGGAACCUCCCUCACGGGAACAGCCGCGGAAGGAGCCACGGGGGAUCUCGAGGAGGCGAUGAGCGCCUGCGAGAGACUCGGAGUCCUGUGUGCUGGUGUGACCAGCAGCGGACCCCUCAGACCUGGGGAGUACAAGGGAGUGUUAAAGAACGGCAGUCGCGUCUUACCCUCCGAAUUCCCAGGGUCUGAAUGUUGGAUCCGACGGUGCCGCGCGGAGGAGGACGUUCCGACCGUCGCGGCCUCGGGUUGCCGGGUGAGGCGGAGCCCCCGGAGGAGCUGCAUCAACAAAAGCGAGGAGCGCGUGUACAACGUGGUCGAGUGGAUCCCGGCAGUCAGCACCCUCUACAACCUCGGCACAGCCGUGUACUACGCCUCAGUCAACUGCUCCGAGACGGCCAAGGAGAGAGCCAUCCUCAGCGCGGUUGACCUCGGCACAGAUGCUCUCAUGGUGGCCACGGGGGGGACGGCCGGGGUGGCGGGCUACGCUCUGGGCGCGGGGGUGAAGACCAGCGUGAAAGCGGGCGUCAGGUAUCUGCUCAACUCCAUGAAGCAGGAGGACGACGUGCUGGUGAACCAGGUCGGCUGGGAGGACGGCGUCAUCGCUGUGCAGUAGGCUGAAGGGUCAACAAGUCGACCUGUGAAUAUUUAGUUUAUACAUUUUUGAUUAUUCUUUAUUAAAGGUCUCAGCGAUUUUUGUAAUGAUGAAUAUAAUCCAUUUAUUUAGGGUAAAAAGUGAAUUAUAUUACACAUUAAUUGCAAACAAGCUUGAUGAAGCUCAUAAAGUAAGCUUUUAACCUUCCUUUGCUACUAGAACAUGUUUGUUUAUAAUUUAAUAAAUAAUAUCAAUGUAUCAUUUUAAGCAGCAACUUCUGAAGAAAAGGUCUCAGGAAAUUAAACCUCGAAUCCCUAAAGACGUUAAUUUUACUCACUUUGCAUCCUGAUUUUUCUCUGGCCGUUGUCCGUCGUCAUUGUUGUUGCCAUGAAAACAUUUUGUAAUGUCAGAGUCACAUUCCCAACUGCUAAUAUAAUGUGUUUUUUUCUUUUAUUUUUGAAUGUCAGACAUACAUAUUGUACAGUAUAUUAAAUCUAUACGUAUACGUACA